AUGGGCGUCCCCGCAUAUUUCGAACUGAGCUGGUCUAUCCUCAGCACCAUCGGCUUGUUUCUGACUGUCGCGGGUUUAUGGGCGACGGCCAUCACCCGCUUAUCACGGUUACAUCUGGUGCCAAUCAUCGUCUCCAUCGCCUGUUCCAUCGCCAACGGUCUCUGCUAUUUUGCGUUUUACACGCAGAAUCCUAUUCGGCAGCGAGCGGCCGCCAGCGUCUUUGCCGAUACCUUCUGGCUGGUCCAGGAGGCUGGUCUCUCCUUUUAUAGCUACCAAAUUCUCGUCCAUACCCUCAAAGACCGCGCAUUUCUCAUCUUUCGCGCCAUCUUCUGGUCGCUCAUGACCUGCAUCAUUGCGCUUCGCAUCACCAUCGCCGCCACUCGCGCCGUCGAACUCGCAACCAACCAACCUUUUCAAACCCGCGUCGACUACCUCCACCUCGGCUACUUCACUGCCAUCGCCCUCGUCGAAGUCAGCAGCGCCACUUUUCUGAUUCGCCUCCUGCGCGACGCUUACGGCACAUCACCCUGGAGCUCACCUACCCGCGGCGUGUUCCGACAUUUGCUUCAAUCCACCGAGAUCCGGCUCGCGAGUCUCAGUUGCAUCGGUAUUUUGCGCGCAGUCACGUACUCAUUACAGACGACCGCUCAAAGUGCGACGACCGUUGCGGGGGAAUUUGAUCGUUUCGCGUAUACUUUGGAGUGUCUCUUUCCCACGGUGAUGAUCAUUGAUAUCCUCGCGUCGAAGCGGUUUCAAUUGGAUGGACAUAGUACACUGCAUUGCAGUGAUCCGCUCGAGGAGCAGCAAGAAUGGGCCGGUCAUCGGGAUGGGCGAUCUGCACCGCGGGCAGAAAUGUCACCCCGAUCUGUAUGGUAG